CGAAGCCUCUUUGUUGUUGCCAUAUUUGUUUCUCUUUCCGUUGGUGCGUAUGGACAAUCAUCAGACUUUUGCAUCCAGUUUACUAGACGUAGACGAUCUCUUGCAUAUCCCUGCAGAAACUAUCGGUGCGUCCGGAGAGAAGGACGAUACGUGCCCAAUUCAAUCAGAAAGUAAAGGGAAGGAAGUAGUAGUAGUAUUACAUGAUCAAGAUGCUCAUGGCCCAAGUAGUGUAGCAAAGAAACAAGAACGUAGCGCCAAUGAGCGUCUAAGGAGGCUGAGACUUCAUGCCUCUUACCUCACUCUCGGCACUCUUCUUCCUGAUCAUUCUUCUUCCUCCAAGAAGAAAUGGUGUGCGCCGUCUAUAAUGGAUAGAGUGGUCACUUACAUUCCCAAGCUACAUAAUGAAGUUGAAGAGCUAACUCUCAGAAAGCAGAAGCUUGUUGAAGCAAUCGAGAGCAGGAGGUCCCGGGUAUUAGUGCCACAAGAUCCUCAUAAUCGAACAAUCUCGGUUCUUGAAUUGGAGGGAUCAGGUGGUGAGGUCGUUGUGCAGAUAAGCAUGAAAAGGGUUAAAGAAGAUGAGUUCUCUAACUUGAUUCACGUAAUGGAGAUGCAAGGUUUUAGUAUUUUAAGUGCUUCCACGUCUCUAGUGUGCCGAGAUCAAAGGGUGGUUUGCUACAAUUUCCAUGGUAAAAUUGAUGAAAAGCCAUCUGAAGGUGAAGACUACAUCACAGUGUUGAAGAACAACAUCAUUUCUACGCUCUCUUGACAAGACAAAAUGAAAAUGAAAUUGAGAUGAAGACUAUGGAAUAACUUUGAUGACG